ACUUAUAUUAUCAAGUUUGAUAAUAAAUCAAACUACGAUUACAUGUAUAAACUAUUUGGUGAACUGAGAUGUUUAGUGCAAAUACCGCCGGAAUAUGUGGUCCAGUAUUACAACUCGUGGUUUGAGCACAAAUUCCUAUACAUUCAACUCGAGUACUGUUCGCAUACACUGAAGGACAUCAUUGCCCUAAAGGGGCCCGAGUUUGGGCGCCUGAGCCCAGUCGAGCCCAUGAAUGCCAUCGAGUACUUCAUAUCCAGCGAAAUAUUCAAAGAGGUGUUGGAAUGCGUCCAGUAUUUGCACGACUUGACCGAGUCGUCCGAUGUGCUGCUCCGUGACCUCAGGGCUGAUAAUAUAUUGGUGGCCGACCAUGGUCGAGAUGGCCGGUAUAUUAAGCUCAGCAACUUUGGCAGCGUUCGCGCCGAUGAUGCUGACGUUCAUAGUGUGGGUGCCAUCGGCCAGGAGUUGUUUGAUUUGAACAUACAUGAUGUAAAUGCGUUGCAAAAGUAUUCAUCGCAUGAAUUGCGGGACAAUUUUGGGAAAUUAUUCAAAUUACAGUUUGUAAGUUAUAUGAAGUUGCAAAAGGCUUGA